AUGCGGAGCCUGUGGCCGCCGCGGCCAGUGGCCGCGGCGCUAUCGGCGCUGGGGAUGUCGACCUACAAGCGGGCCACGCUGGACGAGGAGGACCUGGUGGACGCACUCUCCGAGGGCGACGUGUACCCCAACCACCUGCAGGUGAACUUCCGAGGCCCCCGGAACGGCCAGAGAUGCUGGGCCGCCAGGACCCCGGUGGAGAGGCGGCUGGUGGUGCUGGUGGCGCUUCUGGCGGCGGCAGUGGUGGCCUGUCUGGGAGUGCUGGGCAUCCAGUACCGGACAAGAACGCCCUCCGUGUGCCUAAGUGAGGCCUGCAUCUCAGUGACCAGCUCCAUCUUGAGCUCCAUGGACCCCACGGUGGACCCCUGCCAGGACUUCUUCACCUACGCCUGCGGAGGCUGGAUCAAAGCCAACCCCGUGCCUGACGGCCACUCACGCUGGGGGACCUUCAGCAACCUCUGGGAACACAACCAAGCCAUCAUCAAGCACCUCCUCGAAAACUCCACAGCCAGCGUGAGCGAGGCAGAGAGGAAGGCCCAGGUGUAUUACCGAGCCUGCAUGAAUGAAACCAGGAUUGAGGAGCUCAAGGCCAAACCCCUGAUGGAGCUCAUCGAGAAGCUCGGCGGCUGGAACAUCACGGGGCCCUGGGACAAGGACAACUUCCAGGACACCCUUCAGGUGGUCACAUCCCACUACCACACCUCACCCUUCUUCUCCGUCUACGUCAGCGCCGACUCCAAGAAUUCCAACAGCAACGUGAUCCAGGUGGACCAGUCUGGCCUGGGCUUACCCUCAAGAGAUUAUUACCUGAACAAAACCGAGAACGAGAAGGUGCUGACGGGAUACCUGAACUAUAUGGUCCAGCUGGGGAAGCUGCUGGGCGGAGGGGCCGAGGACACCAUCCGGCCCCAGAUGCAGCAGAUCCUGGACUUUGAGACGGCGCUGGCCAACAUCACCAUCCCCCAAGAGAAGCGCCGGGACGAGGAACUCAUCUACCACAAAGUUACGGCAGCCGAGCUGCAGACCUUGGCGCCGGCGAUCAACUGGCUGCCCUUCCUCAACACCAUCUUCUACCCCGUGGAGAUCAAUGAGUCAGAGCCGAUUGUCAUCUACGACAAAGAAUACCUGAGCAAGGUGUCCACCCUCAUCAACAGCACAGACAAAUGCCUGCUGAACAACUACAUGAUCUGGAACCUGGUACGGAAGACAAGCUCCUUCCUCGAUCAGCGCUUCCAGGAUGCCGACGAGAAGUUCAUGGAAGUCAUGUACGGGACCAAGAAGACCUGUCUUCCCCGCUGGAAGUUUUGCGUGAGUGACACAGAGAACACCCUGGGCUUCGCCCUGGGCCCCAUGUUCGUCAAAGCGACCUUCGCCGAGGACAGCAAGAACAUAGCCAGCGAAAUCAUCCUGGAGAUCAAGAAGGCAUUUGAAGAGAGCCUGAGCACCCUGAAGUGGAUGGAUGAAGAUACUCGGAAAUCGGCCAAGGAAAAGGCGGACGCGAUCUACAACAUGAUAGGCUAUCCCAACUUUAUCAUGGACCCCAAGGAGCUGGACAAAGUGUUCAAUGACUACACCGCCGUGCCAGACCUCUACUUCGAGAACGCCAUGCGGUUUUUCAACUUCUCCUGGAGGGUCACUGCCGACCAGCUCCGGAAAGCGCCCAACAGAGAUCAGUGGAGCAUGACCCCGCCCAUGGUGAACGCCUACUACUCGCCCACCAAGAACGAGAUCGUGUUUCCGGCCGGAAUCCUGCAGGCGCCCUUCUACACCCGCUCUUCACCCAAUGCCUUAAACUUCGGCGGCAUCGGUGUCGUCGUGGGCCACGAGCUGACUCAUGCUUUUGAUGAUCAAGGCCGAGAGUACGACAAGGACGGGAACCUCCGGCCCUGGUGGAAGAACUCGUCCGUGGAGGCGUUCAAGCAGCAGACUGAAUGCAUGGUGGAGCAGUAUGGCAACUACAGCGUGAACGGGGAGCCAGUGAACGGCCGGCACACCCUCGGCGAAAACAUCGCGGACAACGGGGGCCUCAAGGCGGCCUAUCGGGCCUACCAGAACUGGGUGAAGAAGAAUGGGGCUGAGCAGACGCUGCCCACCCUGGGUCUCACCAACAACCAGCUCUUCUUCCUGGGCUUUGCACAGGUCUGGUGUUCUGUCCGCACCCCCGAGAGCUCACACGAAGGUCUCAUCACCGAUCCCCACAGCCCCUCCCGCUUCCGAGUCAUCGGCUCCAUCUCCAACUCCAAGGAAUUCUCAGAACACUUCCGCUGCCCGCCCGGCUCACCCAUGAACCCACAUCACAAGUGUGAAGUCUGGUGA